AACACACGCGACCCUCGCGACGCUGCUGCGUCCGUUUCCCUCCAAAACCCCUAUAUAAACCCUACCCCAUGGGGAGAGAAGAGCGUGCAAAGAGAGUGAGAAUAUCUUUGAAAUACUAUCUCAAAGAGUUUAGAUUUUUCGAAGAGAGGUAGAAGGAAUGUCGAGAAUGGAGGACGAAGAGUCGAACAGCGUCGGAAUGUCCAGCAUUGACGAUGGCGACAAGAAACCGGCGAACCAGAUCAAUCUGAAAGUUAGGGGACAGGAUGGUAUCGAAGUCUGUUUCAGGAUCAAGCGCGCUUCGCAGCUCCAGAAGUUGAUGACAGCCUACUGCAACAGGCAGUCACUCGACGUCAACACGGUCGUCUUUCUGUACGAGGGCCGCCGCCUUCGUGGACAGCAGACCCCUACUGAACUGGACAUGGAGGACGGCGAUGAGAUCGAUGCUAUGCUCCACCAGACCGGCGGAGGAUUGCAAAAUGUGUAACUUAUUAGAUCAACCGUUAACCGCUAUAAAAGUCAAAAAAAAUUAGAACUAGAGUUCGUAAGAUGACCAAAACCGUGUAUGCCUAAUUGCGUGAUCUGGAGAGGCUUUUAAACCAACUACAUCGGAACCUUGCACAGAAACUAGCAAAGAUAUGAUUUGCUUAACAAAGAUUGCGAAAAAUCAUACUCUUUGUAAGUGCUUUACAAGGUUUCGACGUAGUUAGUUUAGAAAUUUUUCUAGAUUUCGCGUUUGGGUUUUACAAUCUCAUUCUCUAGUUUUGAGCUUUUUGGACUUUAUAGCUGUCGAUUGUUGAUCUACUAAGUUAAUUAUCUGAAAAUAAAAUGUGUGGGGAGCAUUUUUUUUUUUUUUUUAUUUUGAGUGGUUAUAGAAUGUGUGUUGUUUGGUAAGUUGCUAGUGAGAGGAGAGUCUUGAAGUUUUGCUCCCAUCAUGUUUUGGCUCAUUGGAUAGUUGUGUCUGUGUUUGGUUGAAACUGAACUUUGCUGUUUAAUUUGGUGUGGUUUUGUUGGAACAAAAUUGGUCUUAAGUUGAGUUGUAUUCUCUCUUUCUA